AUGCCAAGACGCUUAGCUCAACCGCGGUACGGGCUGUCGCGACGACAACUUUCGCGACUGAGGGCGAAACCUUUCCACCAAUUCUCGUUGACGUCAAAAUAUUCGCCCGCAAUGCCGCCUCCAAAGUCUAGGAAGCUGACUGCGCAGCCCGUACGCACGCGUCAAUUUGCCGGAAAGCCGACGGCAGUCGAGGAAGAAGAAGAGGAGGUAAGCUCCGAAGAAUCAGAGUCGGAAGAGGAGGCGCCCAAACAGAAGCCCUUUGCAAAGCCAAGACCGGCGCCCAUUGCAUCCUCCUUCCCAAAGUCGGCGAUCAAGCCCAGCCUUGCGUCGCGGCAGAAGGCAGAGGCCGACCGUAAGGCCAUAGAAGAUGACUUUGAGACGGAGAGCGAGGACGAGGAUGGCGAGGGGGAAAGUGGGAGCGGCAGCAGCAGCGGUAGUGACGAGGAUUCUUCCGAAGAGGAGGAUUCGAGCAGUGAAGAGGAGGCGCCCAAGAAACUUCUGCGACCUGUCUUCCUCAAGAAGAACGAGCGAAAUAAGGUGGUUGCCCCCACCAAGUCAGCUGAGGAGCUAGCAGCCGAGGAGGAGGCACGACGGCAGGAAGAAUCUCGCCAAGUGGUGCAGCAGCAGGUCGAGCAGCGUAUAGCGGAGAAGGUAGCGGGCAAGAAAGACUGGGACGACGAUGUGGAAGAGGGCGAUAUCAACGCCAUCGACGACACCGACGGGCUUGAUCCUGAAGCCGAAUAUGCGGCAUGGAAGCUGCGCGAGCUCCGACGCAUCAAGCGCGAGCGUCUGGCCAUUGAAGAAGCCGAAGCCGAGCGUGCAGAAAUCGAGCGUCGUCGCAACCUGUCCGCUGCGGAGCGCGAAGCCGAAGACCGCGCCUUCAUCGAACAACAGCAGGAAGAGCGUGGCGAUCGUGGGCAGAUGCAGUACAUGCAAAAGUACUUCCACAAGGGCGCCUUCUUCACCGAUGAGCUCAAGGAGCUGGGUGUAGACAAGCGGAACCUGAUGAACGCGCGGUUCGAGGACCAGACCAACAGAGAGGUGCUGCCCGAGUUCAUGCAGAUUCGCGACAUGACCAAGUUGGGCAAAAAGGGACGGACGCGAUACAAGGAUAUGCGCAGUGAAGAUACGGGCAAGUGGGGCGACUUUGGCGACGACCGUCCCCGGAGAGACAAGAGCGAGUAUGGCGUAGAUGAGCGCUUCCGAUCCGAUAACUAUCGUGGGCGCGAACGCGAAGGAGAGGGUGCAACGGGUGCCAAUGCAAAACCACUUGGAGAGCGGAAGAGAUUUGGAGACGAUGGUGGCAGAGACAGCAAGCGACCGAAGACAGAGCAUUCAGCUUGA